AUGAGCCGACCGAUGACGUUCCUCACCAUCUUCACGUCUUCAUCAAAAUGCUAUUCUCUUCUCAUUCCAAUUCUUAUCAUUCUGAUCACAUCGACGUCUUCAACCGACUCCACAGCAGCCGGUUAUCGUCAGAAUAGUCAUAAUCGAUGUUAUAGUUGUAUGUCAGAAAUGUACGAAGGGUUCUUGAAUAAGGGAAUGGAUAGAUACUUCAACCGACCUCGUAACUUUAGUUCACAAUGUGAUGGAGAAAUGGAUAUUACGAAUAUGCAUACAGUUCCAUGUAGGACGAUUUGUUUGACUAUUCAACAGGAUUUAAUAGUUUUGGGACAACCAACAGGACAUCGACUCUAUAUGAGAGGUUGUGCACUGACAAUUGCCAGAAGAGGACUGAACAACCACACUCUCAGCAUGUUUGAUAGAUAUGAUAUAUGCAGGGACAUGUCGGCUUCUGAUUUAUUCCGUCAUGAACAAGCAGAUUCUCAACGUAUUCGGGUUUGCAGCUGCCUCGGCGAUCGCUCUUCUGCUGGAAAUCGCUCUGUUAUAUUCUCCUUUGUGAAAUACAAUGGUUGUCCAUCAGGCCCUCUUCCCAUUGCAUCAUCUGUCUUCCUCAAAGCAUCAGUCAACUUAUCCUCUGCUUCUUCAACAGCUUCUGCAACUCCAGUUGCUUCCACAAGUAAAUCCAGAAAGUUCUGA